AUGAAUGCAGAUUUGACGGUGGGAGAACCAGUGUUGAAGUUCCUAUAUCCUGUUGUCGAGGACAAUAGCGACGAUGAGUCUGCCGUACUUGAAGUCGAAUCGAAUACAGAAACAGAAACACAGCAGCCCGCAAGGAAUUCCGACGGGGAUCAAUGCAAAUGUGACGGUAGGAGAACCUGUGUUGAAGUUUCUAUGCCCGCUAUCGAAGACUUGAGCGUCGAUAAGUCUGCCUUACCUGAAUUCGAAUCGAAUACAGAAACAGAAACACAGCAACCCGCAAGGAAUUCCGAUGGGGAUGAAUGCAAAUGUGACGGUAGGAGAACCUGUAUUGAAGUUCCUAUACCACUUGUCGAGGAUCUGAGCGACGAUAAGUCUGCCGUACCUGAAUUCGAAUCGAAAACAGAAACAAAACCACAGAAGCCCGCGAGGAAUUCCGACGGGGAUGAAUGCAGUUGUGACGGUAGGAGAACACGUAUUGAAGUU